AGAGAGGUGGAGGCUGCAAGAGUCUGGGUGCAGUGUGAUUGACAGGCGAAGAUGAGGUGCUGUGUUCUGCUCGUGGUGCUGCUGCUGCAGUGUCUGUCAGCUUCAGGCCUGCCACUGUUUGAACUGACCUCUAAGGCUGAUGGGGCUCUGAGGACAGCGCUGGACGAGAUCAACACUCGCUAUGCCCGCCAGCGCCUCUACAGAGUGUCCAAAGCAUCGGUUAAGAAGGUGGUUCCACUGGGGUUGAACGUGUAUGAUAUGAUCCUGAAGUUUGGUAUCAGGGAGACGGACUGUCUGAAGGGGUCUGGUAUGGACCCUCAGGGCUGUGCAUACCGUCGAGGCUUCUUCGCGUCGGAGGCUGGCUGCUACAUCCGGGUGCGCGUGACGGACAGACUGACGGACGUGGUGUCCCUGAAAUGCCACCAGGCACAAAGCUCCAGCUCUGAGUCCAGUGAGGAGAUGGGGGCAACAUGGCACUAUGAUCCAAAUCGUCUUGUUCCUCAAGACCCUCCACCUCCAACUUCAGCUCCAAUUUUUGAAGAUUCUCAACCGAUACGUCCUGGACGUCGUAAUGAGAACGUUGUGAUUCGUGGAGAUCACUUCAGCAACCAUCUGGAGUAACCAUGAUCUGCCCUCACCAGCACCAGAGAACAGGAACACUAAUCUUGCAUUUUUUACUGAUUUAAGAAAAUGGAAAACAUUGUAAAAGUCAUUCUAUGAGGAGAUUUAUAAGCACAGAUUGUAGGUUAAAGACUGAGGUUCUGGUAUUUGUAGGUGCUCUAAAGAUGUGUAGGUGCUAUACAAUGUACAGGCUUAUGACCUAGAUGCCAUAAAAAAAAACAAAGUUACAAAGUUACAGUUAAAAACAUUUCUCUAUAGCCACCACCCUGUAACACUUUAUGACAAUAAAAUGUACCAAAAGCCUGAUUAAGGUGGCUUUACAUGAACUUUUGGUAAUUUCCUCUUUUGCAGGAGCUUUACUUCUGUGGAAUUUAGUUCUAAAUAGUACUGUAAGGCUAAAAGCUUCCAUUUUCUAUUGCUAAUAUGAACCAAUAGCACGUAGAUCCUCACCACAACCAUUUGUUUCAUUCAUGGGUUGCCAGUUGAUUCCAUAUAUUGUGUGUCAAGCUUUGUGCAGAUACCUAACACUCAUAUAAUAUUAGAAUAAUCAAUAAAAAAAUCAAUAGGCACUCUUUAGAAUAACAGAAAAUGUUUCAUUAUGUAUUUUAUCUAUUUAAUUUUUUUGUUGUCCAUUACUUGUAACUGUUGAUUAACUAGGCCUUAACUAGAGCAUAGUCCUUGUAAACUUUCAAGAUGCCAUAAAAUGCAUUUAUUGAGUAUUUUAAGCUGUUCUUUGAUGUAUGAAUAUAUUAAAGUAUGUAACUUUAGAGAGGGUGAAAAAUGAUCAAAUGUGAUUUUACACACCCUUAAAUAAAAAGCAUGUUAUUUUGUCUCAAAAUAAAACACACAUUAUCUUA